UUUGUUCGCUAAUGAAGCUAGGUGUGGCGGGUAUUUUUGGGACCCAGUCAGACGUCACUAGUAUGCAUGUCCAAUCCAUCUGUGAUGCCCUGGAUAUCCCCCACGUAGAGGCUCGAUGGGACUUUCAACUCCAACGUCAACGUUUACCCAUUAACCUGUUUCCUCGUCCAGCCAUGCUCGGUAAAGCCUAUGUAGACCUCGUCAGGAUCUGGGGAUGGACAGAGUUCUGCCUGGUGUACGAAGAAAGCGAAGGUGUCAUUAGGUUACAAGACUUCUUCAAAGAAGCUCAGAAGUACGGAUGGAGAUUGCAUCUUUACCAGUUCAAAUCAGGAGAAGCUUAUCGGGACCUUUUCUGGAAAAUUAAAGUGGCUGGAGACAAUAGAAUUGUAUUAGACGUGAAAAGAGAAAACAUAUACACCGUUCUAAAGCACGCUCAGCAGGUCGGUAUGAUGACUGAGAAUCACAGCUACCUAAUUACAUCUUUGGAUGUGCAUACUGUUGACCUGGAAGACUUCAAGUAUGGAAAAUCCAACAUUACAGCCUUCAGGAUUGUAGACAUGGGAAGUCCAGAACUACAAAGCUUGUUUGACGAAUGGAGUCAGUUUUCUGUUUUCGGGCGAAAAACGCAGACUCAUCAGCGCACAAUAAAGACUCAGACUGCACUGAUUUACGACGCAGUGAAAUUAUUUGCCAAAGCUCUUGCUGACUUUGAUACCAGCAAGACAGUCGUGUUCCCCCCAAUAUUCUGUGAGUCUGGAGAACCUUCUGAAGACGCUAUUGGCACAAGUAUCCGGAACCUCAUGAAACUGAUAAAAAUACAAGGCUUAACAGGAGAGGUGAAGUUUGAUCAACAAGGUUACCGCUCAGAGUUCCAUUUGGAUCUGCUUUUCCUUUCUCAGGAUGGGUUUAAGAAGAUUGGAGGCUGGCACUCUAGCUAUGGGAUUAACAUUACACUUAAUGCUACAUCUGAAUACAAUUCUCUUCUUCUUCAGAACAAAAGUUUGAUUGUUACGACAGUCAUCAACCCACCCUACACCAUGUUGAAAGAUUCAGCGCAGUUAUUAUCAGGAAACGACCGUUACGAAGGUUACUGUGUGGACCUUAUCUUUGAGCUUUCCAGGCAGUUAGGCUUCAAGUACCGGUUUAAACUGGUUGAAGACAACGCCUAUGGUAUCAAGAACGACAAAGGAGAAUGGAAUGGGAUGAUCGGCGAACUAAUUAGAGGA